UUGCUGACUAAAGAAGAAAAGAUGGUGUAUACGGAGAAGGCUCAAAAGUGGAAUGAAAAGAAAUGUUCUCGGAAGACAGUGAAGGAGACUUGCAAUCUGACUCAUCCGGUUCCUGCUUGUCUGACCACAAUGCCCCAAGUGACUUUACUUCCAGAUGCCUCUGCUAUGUCUUGGAAGACUGAUCAGGAUGUGGUUGCAGACAUCUUCUACUUCCUGAACAUUUACAGCCAUGGCAGGCUGCCCUCCCACUGUGAACAGCGCUUCCUUCCUUGCGAGAUUGGGUGUGUCAGGUACUCCCUACAGGAUGGCAUUAUGGCUGAUUUCCAUCACUUCAUAGAUCCAGAAGUACCACCACGUGGUUUUUGGUACCACUGCCAGGCUGCUAGUGAUGCCACUCAUAAGAUCCCUAUAUCUGGAUUUCAUCUUUCACGUACUUCUUACGCAGUUGUCUUAAGUGAACUUCUUGACUUUGUCCAGCUAGCCAGUGGUGCUCAGCCUCGAUUUUACUGCAGGUCUCGUGACAGAUUCCAAAUCAGCUGGUGUCUCAGUCGAAUGGCCAGCAUAACAGGCCUUGAGAGCCGUCUGGAGCUUCUUGCUGUAGAAGACCUGGUAGUAGAACUCUACCAGAAGAAGUACAAAAAGGAGCCGUCCAAGACUUGGGUGUGUAGAGAACUGGAUGUCUGCCUGUGGGAUUUCUCUAGUAAUACCAGGUGCAAGUGGCAUGAAGAGAAUGAUACGCUCUGCUGUGCUUUGUCGUCCUGCAAGAAAAUUGCCUACUGCAUCAGUAAAUCUUUAGCUAGUUUGUAUGGAGUCUCGCUGACAGCAGCUCACCUGCCCGUUCAAGACUGUGGUUAUGGUGAAGGCAAAAGUGAUUCUCCGUGUGGUGCGAAGACUUCCCUUUAUGGAAGUACCAUGCAAGGAAGAGGAAUUACUCGAUUGCUGGAAAGUGCAUCUGAUCUGUCCGUCUUUCAGUAA